GUUUAGGUCAUUAUUAUUCUUCUUCAGAAAGGGGAAAAAAAAAGGGACUCGAAGCCGCCGGAUUAGGGAUUUGGAGAGAGCGCGCCAGGUAAAACAAAGUUCCUUUGCUGAUGGCUCGUACUAAGCAAACUGCUCGCAAGUCCACUGGAGGAAAGGCUCCCAGGAAGCAACUAGCCACCAAGGCUGCUCGCAAGUCUGCUCCCACAACUGGAGGAGUGAAGAAGCCUCACCGUUACCGCCCUGGAACUGUUGCUCUUCGUGAAAUCCGCAAGUACCAGAAGAGCACUGAGCUGCUGAUAAGGAAGCUUCCAUUCCAGAGGCUUGUUAGGGAGAUUGCCCAGGAUUUCAAGACUGAUCUGCGUUUCCAAAGCCAUGCGGUGCUUGCCCUUCAGGAGGCUGCCGAGGCGUACCUUGUGGGUCUCUUCGAGGACACCAACCUGUGCGCCAUCCAUGCCAAGCGUGUGACCAUCAUGCCCAAGGACAUUCAGCUGGCUAGGAGGAUCCGUGGCGAGAGGGCUUAGGCUUCCUCAUCUAUGGGGCUGCGAUUAUGUUUCUGCUUUUGCUGCUGAACUCUUAUUUGGUGUCGUGGACAGUGCUAAUACUACUCACAUGUAGUAGAUUGUUAGUUAAGUACUCUGUUUCUGUGUUCUAGAACUGGAUCUUUUGCUAGUAACUUGCCCCAACAGUUUGUUCCAUCCAUCCAUCUGAUGGAUGUGCGUAUCUAGUACUAGUUAUCUGAAGUUCUGAACCUUGAGUUUACCUGUGGAAUGAAAUUUAUAAAAUCCCUCGGUAGUUUCACUU